AUGAAUGAAUUGCAAAACGAUUCAAUUUACAAUCUCUCAAAAUCAAUCGACAUCGUUGUGUACAGUGUCGAAGCAACGCCCUUGUUUAUAUCACCUGAUUGGCAGAUCGAUCGUUCAUUCCAAACACCUACGCACAUCGAGUCAUCAAUGCCGAGAACAUCAUCCAUCAGAAGGAAACAGCCGGGCUAUUUCUCUAAAAUAGGCAACGCAUUUUUCCAUCCAGGGACGUCCGUCAACGUCACCAUCACACACGUUGUGUCUAGGACGGCAGUGACGGCCAGUUUCUUCUUGAUGGGCUGCACUCCGAGUCCGUUUCCCUACACGACAUGUCCAGCAUCAUCAACCGACGAACGCAAGUUGUUCCAUUUGCCAGUUCGAUGGCACAAUAAGAAGAAGAAGAAAGAUCCGAUCGUGUCCACCGUGACGAGGACGUCCAUCGUCACAGUCUUAACGACAUCACCGACGGCCGCAAUCUGCGCCCAGCUGGUCAACGUCACUGGUCCGUGCCGAUUGCACAGAGGCUUCCGCAUGGAAGAUCCCAUCGUCCUAUCGUUCGACGAUGACAUGGAUUCGAUUGAUUCCGUCUUAUCACCCACUAAAACUUCCAGCAUCGAAGCGACUGCCGAACCCGGUCCGGAUCAUUGGGUACACGGCCGCGGGCUUGGUUUAUUCGCGUCCGAUACGACGAUCCGAUCGUCUGUUUGGCCGGAAGAGUCGGGCGAAGCCGACAGACAUUUGCCGGCUUUUCACAAUCUGCUCGGCUUCAAGUUGGCCUUGAAGAAACGCAUCAAAUUGAUGACGAUCGUCACGACGGUCUUCGUGACCAUCACCAGCACGUCGGUCGAUUACAUCACGGUCAGUACCAAGACGUUCUUCGUUCAAAUCUGCACGCCGUCACCCUUUCCUUUCGCUGUUUGCGUCCGCUCUAGACGAUGAU